GACGCGGAAGUGCGGGGAGGCCCCGGGGCCGAGGGCGGCGGACGGAGCUUUGGUGCCGCCGUCCGCCUCGGGAACGUUCUGGAAGGCUAGAUCCUGGAAGGCCGGGUCCCGGCAGCCCCGACGAGACGAAGCCGGCGCUCCUCGGCCUGGGAGCCGAUGCCGGCCGCGCCCGGGAGGCCCCGUAGCGGGGCCGGACCAUGAGCCUGCUGGGCGGCCCGGCCUCCUCGCCGCGCGCCCCGCUGCCGUCCAGCAAGGCCAGGAUGAAAAAGCUCCCGAAGAAGAGCCAGAACGAGAAGUACCGGCUCAAGUACCUGCGGCUGCGCAAAGCGGCCAAAGCCACCGUGUUUGAAAAUGCUGCUAUUUGUGAUGAAAUUGCUCGUCUUGAGGAAAAAUUUCUUAAAGCAAAAGAAGAAAGACGGUAUUUGCUAAAGAAGCUCCUCCAGCUUCAGGCUCUAACUGAAGGGGAAGUACAGGCUGCAGCUCCUUCCCACAGCUCCAGUUUGCCCCUGACUUAUGGUGUGGCCAGCACUGUGGGAACUAUACAGGGAACUGGGUCCAUUUCUGGGCCCAGCACUGGGGCUGAGGAACCAUUUGGGAAGAAAUCCAAGAAGGAGAAAAAAGAAAAAGGCAAAGAGAACAACAAACUGGAAGUUCUGAAGAAAACAUCCAAGAAAAAGAAAAUGGAGGGAGGUGCUCGCAAGCUGGUUCAGCCCAUUGCCCUGGAUCCCUCAGGACGGCCUGUGUUCCCCAUCGGACUGGGGGGUCUAACAGUAUAUAGCCUGGGGGAGAUCAUCACCGACCGACCUGGCUUCCAUGAUGAGAGUGCCAUCUACCCUGUGGGCUACUGCAGUACUCGGAUAUAUGCCAGCGUGAAGUGCCCAGACCAAAAGUGUCUGUAUACCUGUCAGAUCAAGGAUGGUGGCAUGCAGCCUCAGUUUGAAAUUGUUCCUGAAGAUGACCCUCAGAAUGCCAUUGUCACGUCUUCUGCAGAUGCCUGUCACGCAGAACUGCUCAAGACCAUAAGUGCUGCUAUUUACCAGUGGGUGAAAUUUGAUGUGUGGAGACCUGGAGAUGGGCUGCCGCCCCAAGGACUGCCAGAGGAUGAUCCAACUAUAAGCUUCGAAGCCUUUCACAGACAGGCAUUUGGUGAAGAUCAUGUUGAUCCCAUCCUGCAAGGAUCCUUGGACCUUCCAGAGCUUCAGCCCACACCCUUCGUGUCCUCUUACCAGCCCAUGUUCCUGGCACACGAACCCCUGGCGGACACUCACCUACAGCACCUGAACUCUCUGUCACAGUGUAGCCCAACGCAGUCUUCAGACUGACCAGGAAGGGGUCAUGUCCCACAUCAUUUAACUUAAGACUCCAAAUGUGGAAGAAGACAGCAGUUCGGGAAUGAAGGAGACAAUUAACACAUUGUCAUGGACAUUCCUGUGCCGACAGUAUUCCCCGGGAAAAACUGCAGCUGCUUUAUUUUUAGCAAUAAAUUUCUCUUUACAAAUCUGCUUAUUUUCAUCUUCUUAUAAUCGGGAUUUUUUUUUUUUUUUUUUUUUUUUUUUGCUUAGCUCUGCCUGAGGUAGAGUAAACUUAAAUGUUCUAUAAGCCAGAGUGCGAGAAGGCUGCGGACUCAGAAGGGAGAGGCGGGAGUCUAACAGCCCUCCACCCGGAUUCUGACCCUAGCUCCAGGAACGACGGCCCAGCCCCUGCCACCCAAGCACCUGCUUUAUUUUCACGUCCGUACGAUCCCAGUCCAGUGCUGCUUAUCCCCAAGCUGGAGAGGCCCGGCCAAGGCACACCGUUCAUCUUUAUCAUCACACGUCAUCCUUCAAGGGAAUCAGAAAGUCCUCUGUAAUCCUGUCUCUCCCCUUUGCCAUUCCUUAUCUGAGAACAUGCUUGUAGCCGAAUACCUUGAGUCCACACAAUACCAGAUCCAGCGUGAUGGGGGGGGGGCGGCUCCCAUCCUGCAGGGCAGACUCGCCCGGUCACUUCACUAGCCGGGCAGUAACAUGACUGGUGUUCUAUGCAACCGAAUGUGCUGGCCCUGCUUAGGGCACUGAGGGAGAGGCUUACCACCUCGCCUGACCCGGACCACUGGCAGUACCACGUGGGCUGCCCUCGCUGUCCGUCCUACCAGGUACCAGGGCCAGAUGGAAGGAAGCAACGGAAGGACCCCCCCCCCAGAGGCGGAAGAACGGGGAAAGAGUGGUGACAGUUGUCACUGCGCUGCAGUUCCUAACUGCUGACUGGGGACAACAAGGGGGUUCUUGUUUCCUAGGAGUAGGUGCAUCAGCGGAGGGAGGGGGCAGACAGCCACACUGGCCACGGAAAUACCAGAAACGAAAGUAACUGCUAUUAACUUUCUGACUCUUAACUAUAGACUUUUUAUAAGUUUGUGUAGCUUUUACAGUACAAAAAAGUAAAUAAAAUUUGGAUAACAGCAAACCUGGGGUAUAAAAGGGAUUACUCAAAGCUGUUAAUGCUUCCAUGUUUUCCUUUGUUUGCUGUGUAUGUUGGCUAGACACGUGCACUUCCACAGAAUGGAUACCUGCUGCUUUUACCAUACAGCAGAUAUACUGUAUUACAUACAGUCUGAGUAAGACACAUAAAGGUGAGCCUCCUUUUAAGAAAGACAUUUAAAAAAUUUUUAAAUAAGUUAUUGUGCUGUUUGCUUUGAUAAGAGUAUUUACUUUUUAGCUUUCCUAGAAGAGUGGUUUUCAAACUAGAGAUCCCAACCCAUUGGUUUUUCCUAAACAGGGAGUCAAGACCUCUAUUUUUUCAAUUAAAUAAAACACUUAGAACUUAGUAGAAUGCAUCACAUGCCAAAAUGUUGAAACUUGUAUGUGUAUGUGUAUUUACAUUAAAAAAUCACAUGCAUCCAUAUGAAGGGGGUACAUGAAAUAAAUGUAAAACCUUUUUUCUACAGGUCAUUUUAAAAAACUUGAACCCUCCCCCCAGUAUACUUAACACAUCUUUUCAUCUCUUGGAUUGUUAGAGAUUCAAAUCUGACAAUAUCCAGUGUCAGUGGGAUUGAGGCUAAAUGGCACCAUAGCUUAGUGGGUCUGUAAACCAUUGGACCCUUCAGGAGAGUUAAGCUGCAGUUAUCAAAAUGUUAAACGUAUUUAUCCUUAAAACUGUUACUCCACAUUAAGGAUCCUGAGGAGGUAAGCAGACUAUGAUGUUUGCCUGUAACAUUCAUCACAGUAUUCAUUUUAGCAGGGAAAAAUUGGAAAAAAAAUCUCUAUGUCAACUAAUGGAAAAUUGGUUAAAGUAUGGGGCUCCCGCAAACUGAAACACUUAAUCUAACUGAAUAAUAUUCAGUUUACGUAGGAAAAUUAUUUUGCUUGAGUAAGUAAAAAACCGAUUAUAAAAUGAUACAACGUGUAGUGUGUAAAUAUAACCCAAGCAAAUCAAGUGAAUGUUUACCAAAAUAUUAAAUGUUUUUUGCCAAAUGGUGAAUUUUGGGGUGAUUUUUACUUGUUUAUACUUUUUGUUAGUGUCCAAAUCUACAAUAAUUGUAAAUCUCAUUUUUUGAAUGCUAAAAAGUUAAAUUAUUCAGCCAUUAAAAAUGAAGUUUCACAUGA